CUCUGCAGCCAGGCAGCCAAUGGAGUCUCUUGCAUGCGCUCACAUGAGUUUCUCCGGACAGUUUUUAAUGACUGAUAUUGAUGUAUGGUAAUUUCUUGGCUGGAUCACAUGACACAAUUACCUCAAGAAUCGAUCAAGAUGUAUUGCAGGUCUGCCUACGUUUCCGAUUUUUUCUCCCUAGCGGGGUCUUUCCACACGCCUGUGGUGCUAUAGAUGGACAAAGUUUAACACAGUCAAGCUGCCAAUUCCUUUCCUCUGUCUGCAAAGAGGAAAAAGGAAGAAGAGAUAUGACGGAAUACGAUGAUCGCAGCUGUGCGUCAAAUAUGUAUUUACCGAGCUGCACUUAUUACGUUUCGACGCCCGAUUUUACAUCAGUCUCCUCCUUUUUACCGCAGACUACUUCGUGUCAGAUUAAUUUCCCCUAUUCUCCCAACAUAGCCCAAGUCCAACCUGUUCGAGAAGUCGCUUUCAGGGAUUAUGGACUGGACCAUCCCAGCAAAUGGCACUACAGGGGCAAUUACGCGUCUUACUACUCAACGGACGAGAUAAUGCACCGGGACUUGAUCCAGUCCUCCAGCAGCAGGGCGGAUGUGAUAUUCAAAAAUGAGUCCUUGUACGGCCACCACGGGGGGACGAGCUCGCCGUGCAAUUUCUUCACCGGCGUCGGCCGAAAUGGGGUUCUCCCCCAGGGCUUCGACCAGUUUCUUGACAAUCCUAACUCGGACAAGCCCAACGCGGAGCUCCCCAAACAAAAGACAGACUCUGCUGCCCCCGGAGAUGAUGCGAACAACAAUCAGGCUUUAACCAAACUGGAGGAGCACAAAGCUGACCCGAGCGGGAGCGUCGACGAGGACUCAUCCUCCAACUGCGGCGACAAGAACAACCAACAGAGUUCAUCAACCAAGUCCAGGAAGAAGAGGUGUCCUUACACCAAAUACCAGAUCCGAGAACUUGAACGAGAGUUUUUCUUCAACGUGUACAUUAACAAAGAGAAGCGGCUUCAGCUGUCCAGGAUGUUAAACCUGUCUGAUCGGCAGGUGAAGAUUUGGUUUCAGAAUAGAAGAAUGAAAGAGAAAAAGCUGAACCGCGACCGUCUACAGUAUUUCACCGGAAAUCCUUUAUUCUGAUACCUGACAUACACACACACACACACACAAUCACACACACUAGUAAAAUAGGAGCUAUACACACACACACACACACACACACACACACACACACACACACACACACACACACACACACACAGUUUAAAGACUGCUCCCUCUGCAUAUUUGAACCCUGAUCGUCCAGUUUAAACAGUUUAUUUUAUAAAUAUCCAGCAUUUGGAAACCCAAGAUGCCAUAUUUUUGCAAACAAAAAUCUGCAUUUAAUUUAUUUGUGUUCACAUAUUUUCGCUCUAUUGGCAACCAAUAUUUCAGCAAAGCGCGAGCUGUACUUUGUAAUUAUUUAUAUAAAAAUAUAUGUAGGCUUCUUCCUUGUGUAAUGCCCAUUUAUAAGACGCAUGUAUAAUAAUGCACGUUGUGGUGUGAAAUAAAGUAGACACGACAAAUGUUGUAUCAUAGUCACGAAACUUGUCACAUGAACUUAACCAAGUCCUACAAAAAUAACACAGGAAAAGGGAGAAUCUUUCUUAUGAUUCAUCAAUGGAGAAAUUCGGCGCUUGCAGGCCUGUAUAGUCCUUUAUUUCCUUUGCUUUCAAACACUGGGUUGUUUACUAAACCUUGAACCGUCUAGACAGUAUAAUAAACCUAGCUGUAAAUGUCUAAAUAGGGGGCUAUUGGACUUUGGUGUCCCAACCCCCAGACCACAAGAGGACUGAUUCUUUUUCCUGCCUCAAAGUAGUUUCACUCCAGGCUACAAAUGUUUAGAGAAUUCAAGAGAUUUCUGCGCAUCCCGUCCAUAUGCAGCUCCUUUUGACAUCCUAAUGUUACCAGUGUUAACUGCAGUGGAGGAUAUUCUAUAACAAGGACCGCCUUAUGGACAGAUAGGUAAUUUUUUUUUCAAGUUUAUCUGCUUUUCCAAUGUUCUAGAUAAGCUAAAUGUGGCUUUGACGCCUCUCAAUCUGCUGCAAAUGAGAGAGAUUUCCAGUUGUUGGCGCAAAAAAAAAAGCUCGUUUCCAUCUCUGCAUUAAGGCAGGUGAAACGUUUUGUGCAGUUCCACUUUACAGUAACUCUACAAGUGAACUCAUGCCAUGCUUUUACCUCAGUGGUGUUUUAUCUCUGUGCUACUUUUGUAACCAGUAAAAGGACGGAGUAAAUAAAUGCAUUUAUUCCACACAAAGAGUCGCUUUAUUGAUAACCCAUGUGGUGGAAGUAUUAUUUUCACUUUACGUCCAUACAGCAUCAAUUACACCCAUUGUUUCAGCGUCCUUUAUGAAAAAAAAAAAAAAAAAAAGUUUGGAGAGGGACUAAUGUUUAUUUCGUUUGUGAUGCAUCACAUCUACAGUUAUUUCCCAAAAAGGCUAUUAUAAAACCGAGGUUUCAUUAAGCGUUUAAUUGGGUUGUCAUCAUGUCCUACAGUGAAAUUACAUUACCAACUGUGUAGGGUGUUUCACUUUGCUUCUCGGUGUAUCCACAUGAGGGCAGACUUGCAGCUUUUGGCCGCCAGUGGAAAUGCAGAGUUCAGCCAAAAUUAACGUCUACCCCGCAUGAUAAUCAUUAAAUGGAGGUAUAAUCCGUUCAACACAGGCACUGUAUAGGUUGUUAUUUUAAUUAUAAUCGCAUCCUGUUGCACGUUUAGUGUGAAUGUAAUUAUUAUUUUUUUUAAUUCUUUAAAAAAUAAUUGUCCAAAAUCACUUAUUUUUAUAUUAAACCAUUCAACACACAGGCUACAGUUUAUCUGAAGAAAAUAAGAAAACAACAAUUCUUAACACACAUUAUUUCUUUCACUCACUGCUCAGUGUAGCAGAUUCAAAUCCCGAAUCUUCCAGACGGCAAUUACAUUUACAAGUCAUGUUCAAGUGUUCUGAAAGGACGAGUCAAGCUGAAAUAAAUAAUUCCACUCCGUCUCUUUGUCGUCUGAGCCUUUAAAAUCUUCACCUGGAGGCCACUGAGACACAAACGUGCUUUACAUUUUCUUUCAUUUUCUUUCACUCUGCAGUUGUAUGACUAUUAGAAUAUCUUUUAUCUGCGUCUGGCUGCAUCUGUUUUUUUGAAAAAAAAAAAACAAACCAUAUAAUAGUGAUAGUCAGACAAAACAUCACAGAGGUAUUAGUUUCAAAUACUUUUUAACUUUAUCCUUAUACGUUGUAUUUUUAUAUGCUGUACUACUCUUGUGUUUUAAAUAUCGGUGGAUCUCCUGGUAUUUGCUUUAAAUUAUUAUUAUUAUUAUUAUUAUUAUUAUUAUUAUUAUUACAACAUAACCUAAAGUCCAAUUAGUUUCCCCACUUUUGAGGUACUUGUGUAUAUUUUGUGCAUGUGAAAUAUACUCUCAUAUUAAAGAUUUCUUUUCCCAGUUCAGUGCGUCACAGGUUAUAUAAAUAGCUCAGUAUUAUCUUUGAGCAAUUGUCAUUAUUAGAAAGGUGACUUUUGAAACCGAAAUGAAGUCCGUGUUAUCAGAUGUCUCAGUUAAAUGGUUUUGUUCUUCCUUUAAAAAUAACCGGAUGGUGUAACGAGGAAUGUAUUUUUCUACACAUAUUCCGUAAUCACAUUUAGGUUAACGAGCCUGUAUUUUGUUGUUUGUGAAUCCUAUGAUGUUGAGAUGUUUUGCAUACUACAAAUGCUUAUUUACAACCAACUGUAAAUAUCCAAGAGCAUUGAAGACAGGGGGAGACGAUGUCUACACAUCCUCUCAACAAAGUUAUAAUUAUUUAAAGCUUGGUGCAUAAAUACCAAAGAUAUAAUUAUUUCAAGCUGCAUUUAUUGUGUUUUGUUUAUUUGUUUGUUUAUUUGUAAAAUACCUGUAGGAUCAUUGCAGUUACUGUGGCCUGAUUUCUGAUUUUCGGUCGAUGGAUAUUUUCAGUUUACAAAGUGCUUUUUAUUUUUUUUUACCCCUCAGUUUAAGGCUGUUAAUCUUGCACACGUUUGCCUUCCUUGCAGACAAAAACAAUGGAGCCCUGAACAAUAAAGUCCCCGGACUAUGUACAACCGCCACGUCCCGCAGGUUUUUAUUUUCAACUUUUGCAUUUACUUGUGACAAAAUGCAAAUGCGAUAUUGUGCUUAAUAAUUUGUGCAAAUAAUAAAGGACAAUUUUCUAUCCGUC